AUGGAUAAUGCUGUGCGUCUGAGCGAGAAGUUGACGGAAAUCAUCCCGCCCGGCAACGGGGCUCCCUCCAAUCUCGCUCAUCGUCUAUUCCACGCGAUCAGCAUGGCGAACAAGGAACGGCGCGAAGCCGCCGAGGCCGCGGCAUCCGUUGAGGAAACCACGAAGGCGCUCGUCCGAUUGCUCGGGGCUCUUGUCGGGUUCUCGGGCGGGCUGAAGGAGGCGCUGCGAGCCCUGUCGAACGGACCCCUCACGCCCGAGGUCGUGGACCUCCGACGAAAGUACGAAGAAGCGAGGACCGCCAUCAAAGACCCCCAGGGAUUCGACCUCGACGGAUUCCGGGACCAGCUGUCGUCGGCGUUCCGGGCUGACGACGAGAUGGAGCUCAACGAGGAGAGCGCCAGGUGCCACGAUGAACUGGAUUCGUGCAAGAUCGCGCUCGGGUACCUCACGGACCUCUUCAAUGUCGUGACCGAGUGGCCUAGGGGAGCGUGCGACGCGCUGCGAGUCCUGGCAAACAGCGCGCAGAACAGGCCCGACGCGGUCGGCCUCGUCACCGUCUACCGCACCGCGAACGAAGCCCUCGCGAAGCUCGCCGAAGGGCAUCGGGUCGAUCUGGGCGCCUUCCUGCGGACGAUGUGGGCGGUAUGCCCGCAGCAACCCCAGGCGCAAGACGCCGGAACGAUGUUGACGGAUCUGAUCGACGGCGACCUCGCCGGCCUUCCCGAGCGCGCCCGAGGGCUAUUGGAACGCGUGUGCCGGCCGGGACAGCACGAUCAGCGGGUCACAAAAACGUGUGACUUCCUCAAGAAGAUCAUCGACACCGACCACGUGAUCGCGGCGUUGAUUGGAGGCACCGGGGCGAACGCGUACGCCGAUCGGCCGGCCCACGUCCGUGCGGACGUCCUGAUGACCGGCCUCGACUCGCUCCUCGAUAGAAAGGAUCUCUCCCCGGAGGCGAGCAGCCUCGUCGCGUCGGUCGGAGCGGUCGCGAGGCAGCGGGAGCGUUACCGCCUCGUCGCCCUGGCCACGCCGGACGGGCCGGAGGCCCUCAUGGCGACCCUCGAGCCUCGAGAGGCAUUGAAUACGGAUCUCGGUGCAGAUGGCGCGGCGGCUCUCAAUUUGGUGGUCGGACAUCUGCGGUCGAGCGCUCCGUUGCACAGGUCCGUCCGUAAGGUGUUCGAAGAUACUCAGCAGGCGAUGGAGCGCUCAUCGAACACCGAUCCCGCCCGGAAGGACCUCAAGGCGUUCUGUGAGAGCGUAGAGGCGGUGACCGCAGAGAUUGAAGCCGCGCGUACCCCUCACGACGACUUACUGAGUUGGUUCUAUGUGCGCACCCGGCAAGCGUGUCGGUUCUACCGGUUGGCCGACAUUGUCUGCAAUCCUGGUUCCUUACUCAUAGGGGAGGACUCGGCCGCGCGCACUGAACAAGUCAGCCAAACUCGUGCGGUUCUCCAGGAAAAGGACCCAUACGUCCGCGAGUGGUUCGACGAGAUCACGAACAAGCUCGCGCCGCUGCACGACGGCAUCCGGACCAAGGAUCAGCUCGUGAGCGCCAUCGGCCUCCUCACGGGCCCCGCUCCGGCCCCGUCCGAAGCCCACCAGCGGGUCCAGCGCCUGCGGGAGGGAUUAACGCGGUCCGCCCAGCUGAAACUCGCUUCGAACGCCGCACGCGGGACGGGCCUUGACGCCCUCCUGGCAUCCAUCCGUGCUCUGGACGAGCAAUGCCGCCUGUACACGGAAGGCGUCAUCAAGCUUCCCUCCGCGGGGCCCGAGGCCCUCCUGAACGACGCCAAGGCCAGAGAAAACUUGUUCAGAGGACUGCUGGGCGACGAGGAGUACGAUGCGUUCGUCGGCGCUUACGAUAAGCUGAUGCGCGUGCCCCCACCGACGGGACCUCCUCCGCCUGCGGCCCCCGACGGCGUCAGCGCCCAGGAAGACGUCGAAUUGGGCGUCGAGAUGCACACUACGGCGUGGACAUCCAAGGCACGAGAGCGAAUCGACGGGAACAUCGCACGAGUUCUGCCCAUGACGGCACAGCUCUUCCGGAAUUGGGCACGCGCGGCGGACGAGGAGAGGAGCGGUCUGUACGAGCUGUUCGAUUCCUCGGGUGCACCCGACCCCACCGCGGCCCACAGAAUCCUACUGACCGCACCGGGAAGUCGCGAGCGGCUAUCGAAGCUACUUCGGCAAUUCCGCACCUGGUCCGAGGACUUCCACCGAAAGUUGGCCACCGCCCGUUCCCGGCUGGUCCCGGACGACGGCGCCUCCGCGCGUCUCGAUUGGAGUGGACUCGCCUCUGAGAUCGUCGAAGCGAUCGACACCAACGCGAAACGUCUCCGACGCGCCACGUUAGUCGCCGCCACGACGCUCCCGCAGCUCGUAGAGGCGGUCGAGAGAGGCGAGGAAGCGAACAGGCGGGUCGUCGCCCUCGUCUGCGCGAACGUGCCGGCACCGGCCGCGGUCGGCCCUCAGGACGCGAUUCGACGGAUGGAGCACCUCUACGCCGGAACCGGGCUGAAAUCGAUCGACGAGAUCGUGCACGAUCACGGGAAGCUGGACGCGAUUCGACGGAUGGAGCACCUCUACGCCGGAACCGGGCUGAAAUCGAUCGACGAGAUCGUGCACGAUCACGGGAAGCUGGUCGAGGGCAUAGAUGAGAUCUUGAGAAAUUUGGGGACCUACGGCUUCGAUAAGACCAGCUGCUCCAGGGACGAACGCGAUGCCGACUGCGCCAUCCGGUUCCUGCGGACGAACUCCGUCCGGUUCCUGGCAUCCGGGGGCGUGCUCGAGAAGAUCGGGGAGGCGUUCGAUGCGCGAGGGGUGUUGGUCCGGGCCGCCAUCCCGGCCCUGAAAGAGCACAUACGGUCGAAGGUGGGGGACGGUGAUGGUUUCAAGAGACGCUGCGAGGAUCUGGCCGCAAAGUUGGAGCUCUGCGCCGGCAUGGCCCACGGCUCGGACCGCGACCUGGUGGACCUCAGAAACACCCUGUAUGUGAGGGAACCCACCUGGGAGUUCAACGACUGUGUAAUCCCCGGAGAUGUAAGGUUCCUCCUCGAGUUCGUCCGGAACGUCCGGGGGCAAUGUCUCACCCACCUCGGAAAGGGAGACGCCGCCACGCCGCUCUCGACCGAGACGACGCUUUUGACGCUCACGCCCCAGGUCCUGAACGCGCGCGGGGGGGCGCCCGUCGCCCUGGAGUGCCCGGGGCUCGUCAGGCUCGUCUGCGGCACCGACAUGCGGACCGCGGCGGAUGCGGAGGCGCACGUCAACGCACUGCUGAUCGAGACGGGCCAGAACGACGUGGCGGACGCGACCGCGCUGCUCCGCGAGCUCGACGGGGAUGUGGCCAUGGGAUACGGUGCGCCGGAGAAGCUAGAUACCAAGUCAACGGUGGAGCUCCUGAAACGACGCCGGAACUCGUACCACGAUGCGAGGCAGGUCGUUGAGUAUCUGCAGGCCACCGUUUCGAGAGCCGUCCAGCCGCCGACGUUGACGACGCAGACGGCCUCGAUAGCCAUGCAACAUGUCGUGGCGGUGUCGGACGGGAUCGUCCGGAUCUCGGGCGACCUGGAGAGCGCCGCGCGGAUACUUUUCGAAGACACGCCGUCCGUUCCCCCCCAGGACCCGGGCCCCGUCCCUCUCAUGCUGACGCAGCUACGCGCCGUCACGUCCCGCACGACGGCGGGCGCGGCGCGCCUCAGAGGCCGUCUGACAAGAGCGCUCGGAGUCGAUCCCGCGCAGACGGUCGAGAGCCUCGUCGACACGGCAUCACGACGCCUGGCGAACGGAGGCCAGCAGCUCACCGACCUCACCACGCAGAAGACAAAGCUCGAGAACCUCCUGAAGAAGAGCGAGGCCGAUAUGCUCGAAAGCGAGGGACGGCUGCGAGAGACCGCAGGUCGGCUCGGGGAGGCCGACGCGUCCCUGAAGAGAGUCAGCGACGAUCUGAAGACAUGCCUAUAUGCAGGGGCCGGUGCCGGCAACGCAGAGCGCGUGCGUGGGUUGGAGGCGUCCCUCGCGGACUGCCGGGCAGCGAGAGAAAGUUCCGCCGAGGAGGUAGCGAAGAGUGGAAUAGGAUGUACCGGGACCACGAGAUGUGGACGCGGGAAUUGGCGAAGGUGA